AUGGGACGUUGGGAAUGGGAUUCAGAGAAGCGGCCGAGUUUUCAGGUGGUCUACACUCGCCUAGAGACCCUUCGCACUUCCUCUGAUAUUAAUGAGGCGGUGGAACACGAGCUUCAACGUCAUCGUAUCCGAAUGCCGCCUCCACCCCUACCUCCUCCGCCUUCCACCGCUUCGACCGCCGUCCAACCACCCAUUGCACCACGGCGUAGUAGCAGCUGUGAUCGGAUUGAUGAAACUAGUGUAACAAACACCGAUGAAAUUCCCAGACGAGCACACGGCAACUCCUUCACAACUCACGACAUGGUUCCACGACGUGCUCCUGCUAUUCCCAAUCCGCAUUCCCAAUGUCCUCCUGGCGGAGUUCAUCAGCAGUGUCCCGCUUAUCCCAGCUCUCGCCCAAAACCGAGCUCUAUGGUACCUGGGAAUCGAUUUUCUGAGGUUUUUUCUCCCAGCACUUCAAUGUUUCCACCUCCACCACCACCACCACCACCGGAGUUUGAUGGAUCGGUGUUGGUGGAUAGUGGGGCGGUGGGAACAAUGUCGGGCUCUCUAGGACGUAGAAAAGCCGCUCCACCUGCACCACCUCAACGCACAACUACUCUGAAGGGAGAUGACCCAAAUGAAUGGCCACAUGGUCCAAUUCAGAUCUCGAUCGAUGAUUGUCAUAGUUUCUCCCGCCUGAACGAGGAGAUUUUGCCAUCUCCUCCCGAUGCAUUACUCGCUAACACCACUUUGUCCCAGUCGCCAGCCAGUCCCUCCGUCUCCAUGGUCUCAUCCGCUACUUUCGUAUCUACACCGCAAUCAGCCAAUCCUCAUCGAGCAGCAAUUCCUGUGCCACCACAACGCUCCGAGUCGACAAAGAAUCAGAAUGCAGCUGCUCAGGUACAAGAAGGCUGCAUCGCCAAAUCGAGUCCUAAGCCGAUUAUACCAUCUGCUCCGUCAUCACUUAAUGGAAUGACCAGUAGUGGAAGUCUUGAUUUCCAUGCGGAGCUUUCUUCGAGGUUGAAAAGGCAACUUGACAGCUCAAGGCUGGCUGAGACGCCCACUCGUUCACCUCCUACUCCUAUCGCAAAUGCUGUGACUGCUGAAAUGAUUAAAGCCUCGAAGUCGAAACUAAAAGCAACCUCUACUCCUGUAGCUGAAACUCAGCCUACAACACAGCCUGCUGUUCCGGCUUGGAAGGAGCUUGUUGUCCAACGACGUCUUAAAAAUGCUACCGAGACUCCUGUUGGUAAACGAAUGAGCUGGGCUCCAACUUCAAACUCCUCUUUCAAACAGCAUCAACCAACAAAAGCAGCAAAUGUUGAAGCGGUAUCUGAGGUUGCGGAGGAAGAAGAAGAAAAGGGUCAUGAAGAUUCAGAAAUUCCAGCUAUCAUGUCCCAGUCAAUGAUUUUCCCGUCAAAUCCUACAGCGGUCAAUCAAACCCUAAAUUAUGAUGCACUAUUGAAGCAAAUUGUCAACCUCUGUGCUGAUCUCAAUCUUGCCACAGUUAAUUUACCAAACGAACACAAUAAUACACUUAUAGAUAGAAUUGAAGGACUCAAAAAGGCCUGCUUAGGAUAUGCAGAUGAGUUGGAUUGUUCCGCUCACGCAAAAUUCCGUUUCCGAGAUGAUUGUGCCAAGCUUCAGAAGGCAGCAGAUACACUCCGAAGUGUUUGUGGCAUGGGAGGUGGAAAACAGUCAGCAGCUUCAGAAUUUGGAGGACGAAGAAAAGCCUUCCAGAGCGUUAAUUCCACCUUGGAAGCGAUUCAUCAAUCUCUCCUGCGUCUAGGUCCUGCUGUUUCCACAAGCUCCAAUGACUCUCUUGAAGAGCCCACAAAUGGAACAACUUCCAGAAACGGUUUUGUCAGUACCGGUGUUGCUUAA